GUUUUUAACAACCUAAUUGAACUGGUGACGUCAUGUGGAAACUACAGCCAUUACCGCAAACGCUUCUCUGAGUGCUCGGGCUUUAGGUUCCCCAUUCUUGGCGUGCACCUGAAGGACCUGAUUGCUGUGCAUGUGGCGCUACCAGACUGGACCGACAAAGAGAAGACACGGGUGAACCUGGCAAAAGCUCAGCAGCUGUACACCAUACUUCAAGAGCUGGCGCUCAUCCAGAAUACACCUCCAAGCAUCGAUGCAAACACAGACCUACUGAACUUGCUCACA